GGGUUUGUUUGUGUGUGUGUGUGUUUUUAGAAUGAUGCUGUAUUUAUUAUUUUAUUCUGAAUAGGCAAAAGCUGAUUCCUUGCAUUCAAGGUUAUUUUAUACACAUGAACAUGUAUACACUUACAUUUUUUUCUUCACAUAAAUCUUAGCAUUCUAUUUAUAAUGUCUUGUUUCUUUCUACACUUAAUGUAUCGUAGAGUUCUUUCAAUAUUGGUACAUUCUGAGCUGCCUGUUAGUAUGUAAAAUUCUUUUUACAAGUGCAUAGCAUUCCACUGCAUAGAUGUAAAGUGAUUUAUUUAAAUAGUCCCCUAUUGAUAGACAGUGGUUUCAAAUUUCAUUCUAUUACAAACUACUGCAGUGACUCUCUGUAUACACAUGUCAUUUUGCAGUGGUGUGAGUACAUUAAUAAAUAUAUUACGGGUAGGUGACUUUAAAACUAGCCCACUGGAACCACAAAGCCUAAACACCUAUAGGUUUUGGGCAAGCCAAAAGGAUAGAAGCAACAAGUCCUGUGAAAGUUAACAGUGUAAAUUAACCUGGGUUCUUAAUCCUUGUGGAAUUCUGAAUUACUUCCUCUCUCUGGUCAUAAUUCCCUUUAUUUUCACCACAGGGACUAUAUUAUUCAUUCUUCUGUGUUCUGUAAGAUUAAAAAUUAGAGCUCUUGACACUGAAUAGUUAUUCAAAGUUGUGAAUUCCAAUCACUGCACAGAAAAUAUAACUAAGACCCAAAAAGGAAGUGAGUGAGUUAAGGUUACUGUAACUGUAACUGAGUAACUGAAUCUUGUCCUUCUACUCCCUCUUAGGAAUAUCCUCCUCAUGAAAUCCACAUCUUCAGCCUAUGGAUGAGCAGUUCUGGUAGCAGAGAUAUAAUUCCAGAGUCCUUUACAUAUUUCCAAAAGCAAAAGAAAUGAAUACAUCUUCAGGUUCAUCUGGCCCUUUGCCACUACCACAUGAGCCUUGCUAACUUUUAAGUUUAUAGUACAUGAGGUCUGUCUGGGAAGUAUGCACCCAUUGUUAAGGGUGACAUAAGGAGAAUGAGAAUGGUUUGCGCAACAUCAGUGUAACCUGGCAGCCAAGGAGAGUGGUUUGGAAUGUGCAUAUGUGAACAAUGAUUACUUUACUGUACUAGGCAGUGGAGCACUAGACACCACUGAGGGAGCAUGUGACUGUGUGACUGCUGCAUUCAAAAUGACUGAGCGAGUAGAGCAACGAAUCUUCAUCAAAAUUUGUGUUAAACUUGGACAUUCCUCUGCAGAAACUAUUCGGAUAAUUCGGAAGACUUUUGGGGAUGAUGCAAUGAGCGCAGCACAAAUAAAAGUGUGGCACAAACGCUUCAGAGAUGGUCGAGAAUCUGUUGAAAGUGAUCCACGAUCAGGAAGGCCAGCAACAAGCAGAACACCUGAGAAUGUUGAACGUGUUCGGGCUGCAAUCAGUAAAGAUCAGCAGCUGACAGUGCGAGAACUAGAAGCUGAUCUGGGGAUUCCAAAAACUACUGUGUCCGAAAUUUUGACACAGGAUCUUGGCAUGAAACGUGUCAUGGCAAAAUGUGUUCCACGGCUUCUGCUACCAGAGAAGAAGGAACAUUGUGCUACAUUAGCUAAUGACAUGCUUCAGGCCACUACCAGUGAAUCCAAUUUCCUCAAGAAGAUCAUAACCAUAGAUGAAUCAUGAGUCUACGGCUAUGAUCUAGAAAUGAAGGCCUAGGUAGUCCUAAUCUAAAUCUUCUGGUUCUCCACACAUGAAGAAGAUGUAACAAAGUAGUGGCAAGUACGGGACCUUGCUACCUGUUUUUUUUUUUUUCUUAAGAGAAUUCUCACCUUGUCUCCCUCAGUAGAGUGCUAUGGCAUCACAGCUCACAGCAACCUCCAACUCUUGGGCUUAGGUGAUUAUCCUGCCUCAGCCUCCUGAGUAGCUGGGACUACAGGCCCACCACAACGCUUGGCUGUUUUUUUGUUGCAAUAUUGUCAUUGCUGUUUUAGCCGUCCAGAGCUGAGUUUGAACCUGCCACCCUCAGUAUAUGGGGCUGGUGCCCUACCUACUGAGCCACAGGCGCCGCCCAUACCUGUUUUGUUUUAUUUUGAUUGGGAAGGUGAUAUCCAUUAUAAGUACACUCCUGCAGGCCAGGAUGAUUUGGGCAACUGGUGAUUUGUAGCCCCAUCACAACAGUGCUUUUGCCCAUGCAUCUUGGAUACAGUUUUUUGGCAGUGCAGCAAAUCACCCAGGUGACUCAGCACUCCUCUACAGCUUUGAUUUGGGGACCUGCAACUUAUGGAUUUUCCCAAAAGUAAAGUCACUUCUUGAGGGAAGAGAUUUCAGACCAUAGAUUCAGAAAAAUAUAAGGCAGCUUCCACAAAACUAAAGUCACCUUAUAAGGGAAGAGAUUUCAGUCCGUAAAUAAGAUUUAGGAAAAUAUGAUAAAGCAGCUUAAUAGUGCUUCCAACACAGAAUUUUGCGGAGUGUUUUGAACACAGGAAGAAAUGUUGGGAAAACAGUGUGAAGUCCCAAGGUGCCUAUUUUGAAGGGGUUGAGGUAUGUCCUGUGUACAGUGUUUUUGUAUUUUGUAUCUUCAAUAAAUGCCUCCAUUUUUCAUAGUA